GAGAGAGGAAAAAUGAAGCUUGUGGUUUUCUGCUUCGUAGCCACAAGUCUCGGUCUGCGCCGCUCUCUCCCUACAGGCAUGCACAGAAUAUAAUGCUUGCAAACACUAUCUCUUCGUGGUUUGCAAGUUUGGCUUUUCUGUUACAUUUCCAUCCCUCUCCUCCUGUUCUUGUUUUGUUUCUUAGGUGGUUUCUGUUGUUCCUUUCAUAAAACCAUCAUUCCAAGCGCUCUUUCUUCUUUUUUUUCUGUUUUUCUGAUUGGUUUGAACUCAUAUAACUCUGUAAUCUCUUAGACUGCACCGUUUUCUCGUGUUGGCCUCUUCUUCUUUUUCCUUCCUAUGGUUUUCUUUGUACAUUGAUUUUCCUUGAUUAUUGUGGUUAGUACGAAUUUUCUUUUUCUUUUUCUUUUUUGUCAUUUCUUCUUUCUGGCUGCUUUAUCCCUUUUGGUCAUCCAUCAGUUUUUGAAGAAUAACUUGAUGGGGAGUUCCUCUGUUUGGUUUAGCCUUAGUUUUCCACAGAAUGUUGGUAUUUUGGCUCCGAGGAAUUCUCUGAAGUCUGUGGAAUCUGGGUUUCCUGGUACCAGUUUUUUGCCCAGUAGGUUUUUUCCUAAUGGGAGGAUCAGGGUGGGUUUCUUGAACCAAGCAAAGCUCUUGAGGCGAGCUGAAGUUUCUCCUUUCGAUUUUGAGCCACCUCCAAUCGAUCAUGACCUGCAAGAUGCCAUGGUGGCCUUAGGAGCUGAAACCUUAGAGGAUGGAAGUGUAGAGACUUUUGGGAACGAUGAAUUGGCACUAGAAGCAGUAGAAGAAGGUGUUGCGGUUGUGGACCUUUCUCAUUUUGGACGAAUUCGAGUAACUGGAGAAGAUCGUAUUAACUAUCUACACAACCAAAGCACAGCCAAUUUCCAAUCCCUUGGUGAAGGACAGGGUUGUGACACUGUUUUUGUGACACCAACAGCACGAACCAUUGAUAUCGCACAUGCAUGGGUUAUGAAAAAUUCUGUGUUGCUGCAUGUUUCUCCAGAAACCUGUAGCAGCAUAAUUGACAUGCUCAACAGGUACAUAUUCUUCUCAGACAAAGUAGAGGUUCAGGACCUUACAAAAACCACGUGCUUCUUCACACUCAUGGGGCCCAAAAGCAGUGAAGUGAUAAGUAAUUUGAAUCUCAGUGACCUUUUGGGCAAACCGUAUGGCACACACCAUCAUUAUAGCGUGAACAAGGCGCCAGUUACUGUGGGUGUUGGAAGUGUCUUAUCAGAAGAAGGCUUCUCCCUUUUACUGACACCGGCAAAUGCUGAACCAGUCUGGAAAGCUCUCCUUACCCUGGGUGCAGUUCCAAUGGGCACUAAAGGGUGGGAAAGACUAAGAGUCCUCAGAGGGCGUCCAGCUCCAGCCAAAGAGCUCACUGAUGAAUACAAUGUCCUCGAAGCCUGUUUAUGGAAAGCUAUUUCCUUAAAUAAAGGAUGCUACAAAGGACAGGAAACCAUUGCUAGGCUUGUCACCUAUGAUGGUGUCAAACAGAAACUUUGGGGAAUUCACUUAGAUGGCCCAGCAGAACCAGGAAGUGCCAUCACAGUGAAUGGCAAAAAGGUUGGGAUGCUAACAAGUUAUUCAGCUGGAAGCAGAGAACCUAAGCAUGCAGGACUCGGCUAUGUUAAGAGGCAAGCAUGCACUGCUGGUCUAGAGGUAGUUAUUGGAGAUGCUGUUGGAACACUUGUUGACGUUCCUUUCUUGAUCCAACAACCUGAAAAGACAGAAUGAGAAAAAGAGGAUGAUUAGCUUCUGCUCAUAGUAAAGAAUUUCAAGAAGAGUGCUUGAGGGCUUUUAAGACCAAGCUGGGGACACAACCUGCAAUGGACAUCAAUCUGCCUUAAUGAGACCUUGUCGCGACAUAAGGAGCAUUACAGAGCACAUGAACAUCCAGUUUUCUGAUUCCUUAGCAAGUUACUCUCCAUUGUAUUUUGACAGCGUAGGUGACUUGGAUCGACCUUCCAGUAACCCAAUUUUAUCCCUUUUUAAAUUCUUUAA